AUGACCGUUAACGCAAAGAACACCCUCCGCAUCGCCUCUGCCUCCGGGUCAGUGACCGACCGACGCCAUGGACUGGCAGAGUUGGCUCGGACAGAGAAUGUCCAGUUUAUCGUGGGUGACUGGAUGUCCGAAUAUAACAUGACAACUCGCGGUGGGGCGAAAGUGAAUAGCAAUCAAGUGUCAUCGGAGUUCGAGACAUCGUUCUUGGAAUCGAUUGAGCCUGCGUUGCCGGACCUUACAUCGAGAGGAAUCAAGGUUGCCGUCAACGCUGGGGCUAGCGACACAAAGAAGUUGCAUGAUGCUCUCGUGAAGAUCAUCAAGACCAAGGGCCUUGAUCUUAAGGUGGCUUGGAUUGAGGGUGACGAGGUUUCUGGAGUCCUUCAGAAGGCCAUCCAGUCGGGGAGAGAAUUCACUAGUCUUACAACAGGGAAGUCCCUAUCUGAUUGGGGCUUCACUCCGAUCUAUGCACAGUGCUACAUCGGAGCAUGGGGCAUUGUCGAGGCCUUCGAACAAGAAGCAGACAUCGUCCUAUGCGGAAGGGUGACUGAUGCCUCUCCCACCAUUGCCUGUGCAGCCUACUAUCAUAAAUGGAGCCGAGAAGACUAUGAUCAGCUGGCCCAUGCUUUUGUGGCAGGCCACUUCAUCGAAUGUUCCACCUACGUGACUGGCGGUAACUUUUCAGGAUUCAAAUCUCUUAACGGGUCUGCAGUCGACAUUGCCUUUCCUAUUGCUGAGGUUGGCCCAGCCGGUGACUUUGUGAUGACAAUGCAACAAGGAAAAGAUGGCAUGGUCACAGUGGAUACAUGCAAGGCCCAAUUGCUCUACGAGAUUCAAGGUCCACUCUACUAUAACCCCGAUGUGGUGGCCAUUCUGGACGAUAUUAUCAUUCAGGAGAAGGCAACCAACCGAGUUCACAUUUCCAAUGUGAAAAGUCGCAAGCCACCGCCAACCACGAAAAUCGGCAUCACAGCACACGGCGGCUUCCAAGCAGAGGUACACUUUUUUCUCUGCGGUUUGGACCUUGAAGAGAAAGCCGAGCUCCUGGAAAGGCAGGUGCGACAUCUCCUAGACGAGUCGCAGUAUCAUACCCUAAAGUUCCACGUCAAUGGCUCGUGUCCCGUCGACCCAUCGAGUCAAAAUGCAGCUACAGCGGACCUGCGAAUCUUCGCUCAGUCACACACGGAGGAGGCGCUCUCUUUGUCAAAAUUCCUCCGUCCCUGUACCGACACAAUCAUGCAAAGCUACCCCGGGGCAACAUUUGCUGUCGACACCCGCCAGGCGGCCCCCAAACCAUACUAUGAGUACUUCGUGUCUAUCUUCCCACAGGACGAGAUUGACCAUGUCUGCCACGCUCCGUUCAAGGGAGUCUCGAUCCCAAUUGACCCCCCAAAAGACACAGUACCAUUUAUUCCCGAGCAACCAUCGUACGAGACAGCCAAUCCUUCAGAACUAGCCACGUUCGGUCCCACCACCCGCGCACCUCUCGGCUAUGUAGUGCAUGCCCGAUCCGGCGACAAGGGAUCCGAUGCCAACGUGGGAUUUUUCGUUCGCCAUGCUGAUGAAUGGGAUUGGCUACGAUCUUUGUUGACCGUAGAAAAGGUCAGAGAGUUGCUUGGGAAAGACGAUGUGGGAAAUGACAUCUUUCGGUUCGAGCUGCCAAACAUUUGGGCUGUGCACUUUCUGCUGAAAGAUCAUCUUGAUCGUGGCGUGGCGUCAAGUUCCACAUAUGAUGUGCUAGGCAAGAAUUUGGCCGAGUAUCUCCGCUGUAAGAGCGUAGAUAUCCCAGAUAGGUUUCUGACUCGUGGGAAGAUCUAG